AUGUCUUCCAAAGGGACGAAAUCGCGACCCUUUCACCUGGUUGAAGCUGAUGGUCUCCCUCCUCCUGACGAUCGAAUUUGGACAGAACAGAGCCGAGCUGCUGAGCUGUACAAUGAAGGGGUCCGUUUGUGGACAGGACCGAUGCUUCUGGAUAUGGAGGACCAGAUGGCAAAUAGUUCGCCUGGAGUAAAAAUGUUCUCUCUGAAUUAUGAAUCGGACAGGUACCAAAAGAAAAUGACAGAUUGGCUGCCAUUUGACUUACCCGUCCGAGAAGACCACAAGUUACACCAGAUUGUAACUUUUAGAGGCCAUAGACAUCUUACUGCACCAGGCGCGGACUGGUCAUCUGACUUGGCCUACUGUACCUGGGCUCCAGGCUAUAUCUCGCUUUGGAACGGAUUAAAGCCGAAGCUUUACGAUGAACUAGAGCGUUUCCGGCGUUGGCGAGAUUCCUGGGAGACUUCGCUGACUGGUAAGAGUUUUGUAGAAGCUUUCAAGGCGGUUUCUAUCACGUCACCAAUCAAAAGGAUCGUCUGCUUUGGAUUAGGAGAUUUUGCGACUCGGCAUAGGCCAGAUGACUUCGACGUUGAAGGGAAUCUUCUGAACCCCGACUACCAGCGGAACGAUGCACCUUCCAAGGAUAGAAUGAACUUCCCAGACAUAGCACAGCAUGUGGCUGCUUUAACCAUGGCCAAGCUGCUUGAGCAACGCUUUGGAAGAGGAGUGCGGGUAUUUGCCCAAGAUCCCGGAUACUCCGACACAGCCGAGACAAUUUUAGAACAAAAUGGAUUCACCAUUGUUGGUAGACGCGGUGCAGCGGGGUUUGCAAUGAUUGACGAAGAAACUUUGGUAUACUCGUUCUACAACCUGGCGAAUACUAGGGAGAUUGUUGCCGAUAUCGCCCUCCCUGCAGUCAGCCGAUAG